CCACACCCGAUCUCAUUUUCCUCUGCCAUGGAAUCCCAGCGUGCUUUCUCAUCCUACCGAAAGCGUUUCGGGACACCGGGCGGCUCCCCGUCCGUGGGGAUCAGCAGCCGCCUCAGCACGGGCCGCCUGUCCCUCCACAGCAGCCCGCGCCACCUCACCUCCAGCCCAGCCACCCUGUCCACCUCACGCUUGUCCCUGGGCGGGGAGCGGCUGGACUUCUCUGCGGACUCCCUGCUGAAGGCCCAGUACCGGGAGACGCGCACCAACGAGAAGGUGGAGAUGAUGGGGCUGAACGACCGCUUCGCCAGCUACAUCGAGAAAGUGCGCUUCCUGGAGCAGCAGAACAAGAUGCUGGUGGCAGAGCUGAACCAGCUGAGGGGGAAGGAGCCCAGCCGUCUGGGGGACAUCUACCAGGAGGAGCUGAGGGAGCUCCGCAGACAGGUGGAUGGCCUCAACGCUGGGAAGGCCAGAAUGGAGAUUGAAAGAGACAACCUGGCCUCAGACCUUGCCACUCUUAAACAGAGACUUCAAGAUGAAACUGCCCUACGGCAAGAUGCAGAAAAUAACCUUAACACCUUCAGACAAGAAGUGGAUGAAGCGGCUCUGAACCGCGUACAGCUGGAGAGGAAGAUUGAUGCUCUGCAGGAUGAGAUCAAUUUCCUGAAGAAGGUCCAUGAAGAGGUGUAUGAGGAGCUGCAGGAGCAGCUGAUGGCCCAACAGGUUCAUGUGGAUCUGGAUGUGUCUAAACCAGACUUAACUACUGCCCUGAAGGAGAUCAGAGCUCAGUUUGAGGCCAUGGCCACCUCCAAUAUGCAGGAGACUGAGGAGUGGUAUCGCUCAAAGUUUGCUGAUCUGACUGAUGCAGCCAAUCGGAACGGAGAGGCUCUGAGGCAAGCUAAGCAGGAGGCCAAUGAGUAUCGUCGGCAGAUUCAGGGCCUGACCUGUGACCUGGAAUCUCUUCGUGGGUCUAACGAGUCCCUGGAGCGUCAGCUGCGAGAGCUGGAGGAACGUUUCGCCAUAGAGACGGCCGGUUACCAGGACACUGUGGCUCGUCUGGAGGAUGAGAUCCAGAUGCUGAAGGAAGAGAUGGCCAGACACUUGCAGGAGUACCAGGACCUGCUCAAUGUAAAACUGGCCCUGGACAUUGAAAUUGCCACCUACAGGAAGCUACUCGAAGGAGAAGAAAGCAGAAUCACUGUUCCCGUGCAGAACUUCACCAACUUACAGUUUAGAGACACCAGCAUGGAUACUAGGCUGACUCCUGAGGCACAUGUGAAGAGGAGUAUAGUUGUACGAACUGUUGAGACUCGUGACGGGGAGAUCAUUAAAGAGUCCACUACGGAGAGGAAGGAUCUGCCGUAAUCAGUCUCAAAUACUGGAUCGGCUGCAACUGAAGAGCUCCUUCACUAAUGCUGCGAUCCAAUAUGAUUUCUUGUCAACUUUCCUGCUUAUUUUCUCCUAGUGUAUAUAGUUCCUGGGAACUAUAUUCAAUUACAUUAGCAACAAUAAGCGAUACGCAACUGUGUUUUGAUCUCUGUCUCUUCCUGGGCCUCUCUCUUUAUAGUAUCUGUCUCUGUUGUGGCGAAGAAUAUUAGCAUGACAGUAGAAUAGUUUAUCGCCAAUUGUGCCAUAAAAAGUCAUGGUUGAAAAGAUGAAAGUAGAAAGUAGAACAAAACGUUUCUAGUGGUCAGAGCGAGUACAUGGGGAUUGUAGUUUUUUUGUCAAGCACAAACUGUAGAGAUUUAAUUCUGAAAUGUAUUGUAGUCUGUAAGAAUGAAGAAGAGCAGGUUUGGAACCGGUAGUUUUUGAAUCUGAAUGGU